AUGGAAAUAUGCUGUGAUCUUCAAGUAGAUGUCAAUGGCGAAGAGGUUUUCAUGGUGGACAAGAAAAAGUUGGCGUCUUUCUCCGGUAGAUUUAGCAAAUUAUUUGGUAAACUGAAGGGUACAUCGAGGAGCCUAAAAGUGAUAUUCCAUGACUUUCCUGGAGGUGCAGAGGGUUUUGAGCUCAUGACAAGGUUUUGUUACAAUAAUGGCACAACUGAGAUAACCCCUUCCAACAUAGUCUUACUAUACUGCAUCGCGCAUUUCAUGGAGAUGAAUGGUGAUGGCUCUGGAAGACUCAACAUACUAUCCCAAACAGAGAAAUCUCUUGAAGGGAUCAGCUUUUGGACAUGGCCUAACCUUGUAGUAGCUCUAAAGCAAUGCCAAGAUUUACUUCCUGCCUCAAAUUCUUCAUCAAUAUUGGAGAAAGUCCUGGACUGCCUCAUAGCCAAGCUUUUUGGCCCAUUUGUUACAAGCACUUAUGCAUCUUCAUCAGAACAUUUGAGUUUCCAGUUUUCAAGUGCAAGGAGCAGUCAUAGUCUGAAAACCAUUUGCUCUCAAACAACAUGGUGGGUCGAAGACCUUAUGUUCUUGAGUAUCAAUUUAAUUGAGAAGGUGAUAAGAAGGAUGAUGUUCCAGGAGCUUGAUCAUUCUACAAUUUUCAAGUUUCUAUUCCAUUAUCAUCAAUCAAAGUCCAUGGGUGCCACCACACCAGGUGAGAAGUGCAAAAUUACAGAGGUUGUUAUUAGUCUGCUUUAUUUGCUUGAUAGAAGCUCCCUCUCUUGCAAACGCUUAUUCAAGAUAUACCAACUGGCUUUAAGCCUGAAAAUAAGCAGACUAUACAAAAACAAGUUAGAGAAUAUGAUAGGCUCACAGCUAGAUCAAGCAACGAUUGAUUAUGUACUUGUUCCGUCUCCACGUGGGAAGAAGUAUGUAUAUGAUGUGAGUUUGGUUUUAAGAUUUGUGAAAUCAUUUCUCCUUGAAAAGGGAUGCCAUGUAUCUCAGAGCCGCUUAAAAAGGGUCUCCAAGUUGAUGGAUUCAUACCUUGCAGAAGUGGCACCAGAUACCUAUUUGAAUCCUUCAAAGUUUGCAGCAUUGGCGAUGUCACUGCCAGAUUCUGCACGAGAAUCUCAUGACAGACUUUACCAAGCAAUUGGUGUAUAUUUUAAGCGUCACGCUGAUUUAUUCGAAGAAGAGAAGAUGAGCAUCUGUUGUGCACUGAACUAUGAUAAACUAUCAGCACAUUCUUUGAAACACCUCACUCAAAAUAUAAAGUUUCCUCCACGAAGAGCAGUUGAAGCUUUUACUACAGAGAAAUCCAAACUGAGAAGUUUACUCCACAAAGCCUACAAUCUCAAGACUUUAGACUCUCUGCUUAUUCACACAGAUAAUGAAAUUAAGCAUGAGAAACAGGACACUGAGCAUAUCAUCCCUAUUUAUACUAAGAAGCUUGAUCUCCCAACAGAGGCAGAGAAGCGAAGAGCAGAUUUGCAAACCAUGCAUUGGAAGACAUUGGAAUUGGGAAACACUUGUGGGACAAUGGAGAUGCAGAUGGCAGCUAUAAUGAAAUCAAGAUUGUCCUUUAGGGGUAGUAUUCAAUACUUGCCUAAACUCUUUCCAUAA